AUGGACCGGCCCCUGGCGGCGUCGGCGGAGGCGGAGGAGGAACUGGAGUGGCAAGUGGCGAGUCGCAGGAGGAAGGCCUGGGCCAAGUCCCGCGGCUCCUGGCAGGCAUCGGAGACGGAGGACCUGUCCACAGAAGCGACGACGCAGGACGAGGACGAGGACGAGGACGAGGACGACCUCCCCGGAACGAAGCUGCCGGCGGCCGCGGGGAGAGGAAACGUGCCCAACGAGAAGAUCGCGAUAUGGCUCAAGGACUGCCGUACCCCUUUGGGAGCCUCACUGGAUGAGCAAAGCAGUAGUACACUCAAGGGUGUGCUUGUGAGAAAUGGGGGAAGUUUUGAAGAUGAUUUGUCAUUGGGAGCUGAAGCAAACCACCUCCAUGAAGUUGAUGCUCAGAUUGAUAAUUGCAGUAAUAUUUUGGCCAAAGAGAGAAGGCUACAGUUUCAUCAGAAGGGGAGAAGUAUGAAUUCCACUGGAUCUGGGAAAAGUAGUGGGACAGUCUCAAGUGUUUCAGAAUUGUUGGAACUUUAUGAGGAAGACCCUGAAGAAAUCCUUUAUAAUCUUGGAUUUGGACGAGAUGAACCAGAUAUUGCUUCUAAAAUUCCUUCCAGAUUUUUUAAUUCAUCAUCAUUUGCCAGAGGAAUAGAUAUUAAAGUGUUUCUGAGUGCACAAAUGCAACGGAUGGAAGUAGAAAAUCCAAAUUACGCUUUAACAAGCCGUUUUCGUCAAAUUGAAGUGCUUACUACUGUGGCCAAUGCAUUUUCUUCCUUAUAUUCCCAAGUCUCUGGGACUCCCCUGCAGAGAAUUGGAAGUAUGUCCUCGGUGACCUCCAACAAGGAGACAGACGCGCCUCCACCUUUAACCCGAAGUAACACUGCAAAUCGCUUAAUGAAAACACUAUCAAAACUAAAUUUAUGUGUUGAAAAAACAGAGAAAGGAGAAGGUAGUACUCCUUCCCUGGCAGCUGACAAAGGAAAGAUCAUAAAUGUUUCAGUGAUGGAAGAAAGUGGCAAUAAAAAUGAUCAGAAGUCUCAAAAAAUGGUGAAGAAGAAAGAGUCAUCUUCUAUGUUGGCUACAGUGAAAGAAGAAGUAUCAGGUACUUCAGCAGCUUUUAUGGAGAAUUCUGACAUCGAUGGGCUUAAAGAUGAAGCAAAUAGUAAUUUUAACCAUGAAGCUGAAAGUGGACAAAGUAAAGAAACUCAAAGUCAUGAGAAUAAACUGGAUGAGGAGUCUGGUAUUAUAGAAACUGAUUUAGGUAGUGAUUUCAACACGUCCAGUCACAGUGAGCUGGAAAAUAGCAGGGAGCUGAAAAAUGUCCCUUUGUCCACACCUGAAAAAGAGCCAUGUGCACCACUGAUGAUCCCAUCCAUAAGAAAUAUAAUGGCACAGCAGAAGGACUCCUUUGAAAUGGAAGAGGUCCAAAGUACAGAGGGAGAAGCUCCUCAUGUUCCUACUGCUUACCAACUAGGUCUUAACAAGUCAAAAAGAGAUCAACUAUUACGUACUGCAAGUCAGCACUCUGAUAGCAGUGGUUUUGCUGAAGAUUCGACAGACUGCCUCUCGCUUAAUCAUCUUCAGGUUCAUGAGUCCUUGCAAGCCAUGGGGAGUAGUGCAGAUAGCUGUGACAGUGAGACAACAGUCACAUCAUUUGGUGAAGACCUUGUCACACCAACAGCACAAGACCAGCCUUAUUUUAAUGAAUCAGAGGAGGAGUCUCUUACCUGUCCUCAGAUGGAAGGAGAGAAGGCAGCAGCAGUUGCUGAGAAAAGGUCAGAUGGCCAGGAUUUCCUCCAGUGCCAGACUGUUGAGAACAUUGGACAUCAGCAGUCCACCUGGAGUGCAGGGGAUCACGUUACUGAAAUUACUAAAAGGAAAGAGGAUGUGUCUGCAGCACAGCCUGUGGAAUUACUAAGGGAAGCAAGUGCCGAAAGUGACAUGGAUAAAAGCAGUGAAUGUGAAUAUGCCCAGUAUAUUACCCAUCACAUUCUAAAAUCACUGGCUUCUAUUGAAGCUAAAUGUGAUGAGAAAGGGGCUGAAAAUACAGCGGGGUCGCCCUCUUCUGUGGACAGAGUUAAUACAGCUUUACAAAGAGCGCAGAUGAAGGUUUGUAGUCUGUCUACUCAAAGAGUGGGGCGUAGUUUGAUAAAGUCAAAAGAUCUGUUAAAACAGAGGUACCUGUUUGCAAAAGCUGGCUACCCGCUAAGGAGGUCUCAGUCUUUACCAACCACCUUGCUGAGCCCAGUAAGGGUUGUGUCAUCAGUCAAUGUUCAGUUGUCCCCUGGAAAAGAGACCAGAUGCAGUCCCCCAUCCUUCACCUACAAGUAUACACAGGAGGAGGAGCAGAGAUUAGAAAAAGGAGCGAGCGAGCAGGAUGGCCAGUCUUCAGUCACAUCCACUAUCUUCAUCUCUCCGACACCUGGGAAGAAAGAAGCCGCCGGCCCGAGCGAGGCGCCCCGGGCGGAGGAGCGCCUGACCCGGGCGAGCCCGGCCUGUGCGCUGUCUGCCGCGGCGCCUGUCUCCCAGUCCGCCUGCUCCCUGCACUCCCUCCACGCCGAGUGGCAGGAGCGGCCGCUGUGUGAGCACACGAGAACCCUGAGCACCCACAGUGUCCCCAGCGUGCCAGGCGCCGCCUGCAGUGCCUUCCCAGCCCCCCUCGGAUGUCCUUACUCACACGGACACGCCUCCCCUUACCGAGCGUGCUCUCUGAACCCCCCUUCUGCCAUCGAGAUGCAGCUGCGAAGAGUGUUGCAUGAUAUUAGAAAUUCACUGCAGAAUCUUUCACAGUACCCUAUGAUGAGAGGACCUGAUCUUGCUGCUGCUCCGUAUAGUACUCAGAAAUCAUCUGUUCUACCUCUUUAUGAAAAUACUUUUCAGGAGCUCCAAGUAGUGAGGCGGAGCCUGAAUUUGUUUAGAACGCAAAUGAUGGAUUUAGAAUUGGCAAUGCUGCAUCAGCAAACCAUGGUUUAUCAUCAUAUGACUGAGGAGGAAAGGUAUGAAGUCGAUCAGCUGCAGAGCUUGAGAAAUGCAGUCCGAAUGGAACUCCAGGACCUGGAGCUGCAGCUGGAGGAGCGCCUGCUGGGGCUGGAGGAGCAGCUCCGGCCCGUGCACGUGCUGCCUCCCUUCCGCCCCUCGGCCCUCACGGGAGUGUGUGGCAGCAGAAGCGCCGAUAACUUGCCAUGCCCUUCCCCACUGAAUGUACUGGAGCCAGUCACUGAACUGAUGCGGGAACAGUCAUACCUAAAGUCUGAAUUGGGCCUGGGCCAUGGAGAAAUAGGAUUUGAAAUUCCUCCUGGAGAAAGCUCAGAAUCUGUUUUUUCCCAAGCAACAUCAGAGUCAUCUUCUGUGUGUUCUGGUCCCUCUCAUGCCGGUAGAAGAACUGGAGUACCUCCUGUUGACUCGGUGGGCAAACCCAAAACCCAUCUGGUACCAAGCAAGAAAUUAUUCCGAGCGUCAGUGGCCCUAACACCAACCGCUCCUUCUAGAACAGGCUCUGUGCAGACACCUCCAGGUGUGGAAAGUUCUGAGGAAGCUGGAGCAACUGAAGAAACCUCAGAAGCUGUAGGACCUAAAUCUGAAGUAGAGGAAGAACAUGGAAAAGUCUCGUUAUUUCCAGCUGCUGAGGAAGUGCAUAAAAAUGUGGAGCAAGAUGAGUUACAGCAAGUCAUAAGGGAGAUUAAAGAGUCUAUUGUUGGGGAAAUCAGACGGGAAAUUGUAAGUGGACUUCUGGCAGCAGUAUCUUCAAGUAAAGCAUCCCAUUCUAAGCAAGAUAGUCACUAA